CCUGGCCCGGGAGGCUUGGGCGCGCGCAGCCAGCCCCGGCCACGCCAGAGACCGGGGGACUCAGGCAGGGGCGGGCCGCCGGCGGGACGGGAUGCUGGGCGAGGGCCUCCGCCCGCUCACCAUGGUCGAGGGACGCUUCUCCAAGUUUCUGAAGAAACUCGCCUUCUCGGGCGCGGGCCACCAGUACCAGCUGCUGGAGAGGGGCGAGUUGGAAACCUUGAUUGAUGGACAAAAUGAGUUGAAAGCCAUUGAGAAAGAGAAGACGGUGGUCGCUCUGCCACCCAAGGAAGCAAGCAAAUGCCACAGAGAGGAUCUGGCCGAAGCAUUUUAUGUAGAUUUACAGAACGGGCUGUCAGAGUUCUCGGUGACACAGCGCAGGCUGGUCCAUGGCUGGAAUGAGUUUGUCGCUGAUAACACAGAACCCGUGUGGAAGAAAUAUCUCGAUCAGUUUAAGAACCCCCUGAUCCUGCUGCUUCUGGCCUCUGCCUUGGUGAGCGUCCUGACGAAGAAUUACGAGGAUGCCAUCAGCAUCGCCAUGGCCGUGCUGAUCGUGGUCACCGUCGCCUUCAUCCAGGAGUACAGGUCGGAGAAAUCUCUGGAAGAGCUGACCAAGCUGGUACCUCCCGAAUGUAACUGCAUAAGAGAAGGGAAGCUCCAGCAUCUUCUUGCUCGAGACCUGGUGCCUGGAGACAUCGUGUCUCUCUCCAUCGGAGACCGGAUCCCUGCAGACAUCCGUCUCACAGAGGUCACAGACCUCCUGGUGGACGAGUCCAGUUUCACGGGAGAAGCCGAGCCGAGCAGUAAGACGGACACCCCGCUGACGGGCGCGGGCGACCUCACCACCCUGAGCAACAUUGUCUUCAUGGGGACCCUGGUGCAGUACGGGAAGGGACAGGGCGUCGUGAUCGGAACAGGAGAAAGAUCCCAGUUCGGAGAAGUGUUUAAGAUGAUGCAGGCUGAAGAGACGCCUAAAACUCCUCUACAAAAAAGCAUGGACAAACUGGGGAAGCAAUUGACACUUUUCUCAUUCGGCAUAAUUGGCCUGAUCAUGUUCACGGGCUGGCUGCAAGGGAAGCGCCUCCUCAGCAUGUUCACCAUCGGGGUCAGCCUGGCUGUGGCCGCCAUUCCCGAGGGUCUGCCCAUCGUCGUCACAGUUACGCUGGUCCUGGGAGUGCUGCGGAUGGCCAGGAAGCGGGUCAUUGUGAAGAAGCUGCCGAUCGUGGAGACUUUAGGUUGCUGCAAUGUCAUCUGUUCCGAUAAGACGGGAACUCUGACUGCCAAUGAAAUGACUGUCACCCAACUUGUGACGUCUGACGGGCUCCACGCUGAGGUCAGCGGAGUUGGCUACAACGGCCAAGGGACUGUCUGUCUUUUACCCUCAAAGGAAGUCAUUAAGCAGUUUUCCAACGUCUCAGUGGGGAAAUUAGUGGAGGCAGGCUGUGUCGCCAACAACGCCAUCAUCAGAAAAAACGCCGUGAUGGGGCAGCCCACGGAGGGCGCCUUGAUGGCCCUGGCCAUGAAGAUGGGCUUAAGUGAUAUUAAGGAUUCAUACAUGCGAAAAAAAGAGAUUCCAUUCAGUUCGGAGCAGAAGUGGAUGGCGGUCCAGUGCAGCCCCAAGAAUGAAGAGCAGGAAGACAUCUACUUCAUGAAGGGGGCCUUCGAGGAAGUGAUUCGUUACUGUACCAUGUACAACCACGGGGGUAUCCCCCUGCCGCUGACGCCCCAGCAGCGAGCCUUCUGCCAGCAGGAGGAGAAGAGGAUGGGGUCUCUCGGCCUGCGGGUGCUGGCCCUGGCUUCUGGGCCCGAGCUGGGGAAGCUGACGUUCCUGGGUCUCAUCGGAAUCAUCGACCCUCCGAGGGCCGGCGUGGAGGAGGCGGUCCACGUUCUCUCUGAUUCGGGCUUGUCCGUGAAAAUGAUAACGGGAGACGCUCUGGAGACGGCCUUGGCGAUAGGAAGAAACAUCGGCCUGUGCAACGGGAAGCUGAGCGCCAUGUCCGGGGAAGAGGUGGAAAGCGCCGAGCAGGGCGCGCUGGCCGAGCGCGUCGGGAAGGUGUCUGUCUUCUUCAGGACCAGCCCAAAGCACAAACUCAAAAUCAUCAAGGCUUUGCAGGAGUCGGGGGCGAUCGUGGCCAUGACGGGGGACGGGGUGAACGACGCGGUCGCCCUGAAAUCAGCGGACAUCGGGAUUGCCAUGGGGCAGACAGGGACGGACGUCAGCAAGGAGGCCGCCAACAUGAUCCUGGUGGACGAUGACUUCUCAGCCAUCAUGAAUGCGGUGGAGGAAGGCAAGGGGAUUUUUCAUAACAUCAAGAACUUUGUCCGAUUUCAGCUGAGCACGAGCAUCUCGGCCUUGAGCCUCAUCACUCUGUCCACCGUGUGCAACCUGCCCAGCCCCCUCAAUGCCAUGCAGAUCCUGUGGAUCAACAUCAUCAUGGAUGGGCCGCCGGCGCAGAGCUUGGGGGUAGAGCCGGUCGACAGGGACACCCUCAGGCAGCCGCCACGGAACAUCAAGGACGUCAUACUCGGCAGAGCCCUCAUCCUGAAGAUCCUCCUGUCGGCCGCCGCCAUCAUCAGCGGGACCCUCUUCAUCUUCUGGAAAGAGAUGCCCGAAGACAAGGCAAGCACCCCGCGCACCACGACCAUGACCUUCACCUGUUUCGUGCUCUUCGACCUCUUCAACGCCUUGACCUGCCGCUCCCAGACCAAGCUGAUAUUCGAGAUCGGCUUCCUCAGGAACCGCACGUUCCUCUACUCCGUGCUCGGGUCUGUUCUGGGGCAGCUGGCGGUGAUAUACCUGCCGCCCCUGCAGAAGGUCUUCCAGACAGAGAACCUGGGGGCGCUCGGGGUCCCCAAGACUAUCUUCAGGCUCAGUGAUUCUCGAGAAGGACUCACAGGAAGAGGACAACCAGAGGCUCUGUGUUUUGAACCCUCCCAGAUUCUUCCCUUUGGUUCUCAUUUGUAUCCUUUCCCUGUGAUAAAUAUGACCAUCAGCAUGAUAGGUUUCCAUGAGUUUUUUUUUUUUUUUUUUUUUUUAGCAAAUUAUCCAACCUGAGGGUGGUUUGGGGAAUUCCCUGAACUUGCAAUUGGUUUCAAAAGUCUUGGGUAGACUUUGCCAUCUGGAGGACUGUGCCCUUAACUUCAAGUAGGCCUCAAAUCAGGUACUAUGGAAAAACUGGUGAAAUUCACAUAAGGUUUGAGCUGUUUAGUUCAUAGUAUUGCAUUAACUCUGAUUUCCUGGUUUUGAUUAUUUGGUCUGUGGUUAUUGAAGAUGUUUUCAUUGGGGGAAGCUGGGUGCCAUCACAGGAACUCUCUGCACUAUUUUUACAACUUCUAUGUCAAUCUAAAAUUAUUUCAAAAUAAAGUUCAAGGAAAAAAAAGACUCAAAAAAAUUGAGCAAAAAUGUACCAGGCAAAUGCAGACAACAACUCAUGCAACAGGGGUGACACUACUAAUGUCAGAUGAGAUUUUAAAAAUCCAGGCCAAAAGCAUUCAGUGAGACAAAGAAGGGAAUUUAAUAAGACAUAACCACCACCGAAAACCUAACAGGCCUGGGUAUGUACCAACACAACAUCCAAAUUCAUAGAGCACAGUAGAGGAAAUUUAGGAAAAACACAGAAACUUCACUAGGAGACUCUUAACUGACCACAAGCAAGGAAAUUGAUCUCAAAAAGUAGAUACAGGUGACCUCGCUCAUCACUAACCUGCCAUAUAAGGACACCACUGAAACCUCGAUUGAUUCCAGGAAGUAGAUGUGAUACAGUCGACCUCUCUAAUCACUGUUCAACAAAACCACAAAAGAAGCUGUGGAGGGGGCUUCCCUGGUGGCGCAGUGGU